AUGGCCAUCAAAGCAAAGGCCUUGUCCAAAUUGCCUAUGCCAUUUUCGCAAGGAGGGAGGCAAUUUGAAGACCGAAUGUCCGACCAUUAUGGCCAUCCUUUACGGACUCGGAACCAAUAUACCGAGAAAGCGCACAAGACUGGCAGAGUUGUCGAAAUCAUCGCAUCUACAAGCACUAUACUCAUGAGGAAAGACGAAAGCUCAGGAGGGCCCUUGUCCUCGUCCUCAUACUACUCAUCCUUGUCGUCCUCAUGGUUGUCUGUCUCCAUUAAACUUUAUGGCAUUAAACCGCCCAUCUGUGGCUGGCAGGGGAUGUGA